UGUGUGGACGAUAUUUAGUCAUCGGCGCGAUCUCUGCCGGCACGUACAUACGUGUGUUAUUGUUUUUCUUCGACAUUUCGUCCAAAUCACGAUACAAUAAUGUCUGACGCAGUCUGCGGUAGUUGCAACGCUGUGAUCCAAGGAAGGAUAGUAACUGCGUUGAAUAAGAAGUGGCACCCCGAGCAUUUCUGCUGCAACAAGUGUCGCAAGCCAAUCGAAGGCUCCAAUUUCCACAAUCACGAUAAUGGCGCCGUGUGCGUAUCUUGCUACACCCAGCACUACAGCCCACGCUGCCAUGGCUGUGGAGAUCCCAUCACCGACCGAGUGAUCCAAGCCCUAGGGGUGUCAUGGCAUGCGAACCAUUUCGUCUGCGCCAAUUGCAAAAACGAGUUGGGCGGUGGCGGUUUUAUGGAACAGGCCGGCCGACCAUACUGCACGCCCUGUUAUGGGGACAAGUUCGCGGCAAAAUGCGCCGGCUGCGGCAAGCCCAUCGUCGACAAGGCCAUCAUCGCGCUCGAGGCGAAAUGGCAUCGCGAAUGCUUCACUUGCAAAAAAUGCAGAAAUCCAGUGACAGAUUCGACUUUCUCUGUGAUGGACAACAAACCUCUGUGCGGAAAAUGCGCUUAAAUUAACCUAACAAGUCACAAUUAUUUAUAAGUCAAUAGUCACACUGUAGUACGUGCUUUAUCCAUCGACAGGGCUGAGUUUGAACAUAAGAAUUAAAUAUUACAUUUGAUUGUUUGAAGGUCUGGACCUGAAUGCCUACACAUCGCUCGGAGCGUAAGGUUGCCACAUUAUUAUUUUACUUAUAUCUACAGGUUGUAUUCAUAAUUAAAAAAACUAUUCAAAACAGUAAUUACAUAUUGAUAUUUUUAUAUCAGAUCGCGGAUUGGUAUCUCGAUUAUGCGACUAUGAUUACGAAAUAGAAAUGGAAUGCUGAACAAUUCAGAACUUGAAGCACUCUUGUUUAAACAACCAUAAACACCACAACAAACAUUUAGUAGCAGUGUUAUUCACAUUACAGCGUUCUGGUUUCAAAGGGUAAGGGAGCUGGUAAAAUUACAGGCACAUGGGUUUUGUCAACUUAUGUCUCAAGGUGUUGGGCGCAGUGGAAGUGCCUCUAAG